AGAAAUAAUUAAAUAAGGGUAAGUUAUGAAUUAAUUCUGAGAGAAAGAAUAUAAAAAGUGCAAACACCAUUAUCAUUGUUAAAAAAAGAAAAAAAAAAUAAAGUAUUUGACAAGACACUAUAAAUUGAUAGGCAGAAUAGAAGUGGAGCAUCACCAUAAACAGAGAGUACAAUUUCUAUCUUUUGAGAAAGCAUAGAACAAGAUUUUAGUCUGAAUAUACUUUGCUGAAUUAAAGAAUCAAGAAAGCAAGAAGAAAGAAAGAUUCUUUUAUCAAUUUAUUGACAUCCUGCUCUUAAGAAACUUUCUUUGAAUCAAGAAAAUCAAGAAAAGCAUAUAGCAAGAUCUAGUCUCAGAGAAAACCAAGAUUCCAAAACAAGAACCAAAUGCAGCAAGAACAACAAGAAGUACACCAACACCACCACUACCACCAUUUCCACCACGGCCAAAAUAUGAUCAACAACGAUCACAGCCACCACCCGUACAAGUUCCUUCCAAAACGUAUAAUCUUGGUUCGACACGGCGAGUCGGAGGGCAACCUAGACACAGCCGCAUACACCACCACACCAGACAACAAAAUCCCAUUAACCCCAUCAGGUCUAUCUCAAGCCGAAACGGCUGGGAUUCACUUACACAAUCUAAUAUCUGAGUCUAAUAACCAUGCCCAGAACUGGAGGGUUUACUUCUAUGUAUCACCUUACCAGCGUACCCUAUCCACGCUCAGAGGGAUCGGAAGGUCGUUUGAAAGAGAAAGGAUUAUUGGGGUUAGAGAAGAGUGUAGAAUUAGAGAACAAGAUUUUGGGAAUUUUCAGGUUAAAGAGAGAAUGAAGGUGAUUAAAGAAACUAGAGAAAGGUUCGGGAGAUUCUUUUAUCGGUUUCCUGAAGGAGAAUCUGCUGCUGAUGUUUUUGAUCGUGUUUCAAGUUUUCUUGAAUCUCUAUGGAGGGACAUAGAUAUGAACAGGCUUCAGAAGGACCCUUCCAGUGACCUAAAUCUCAUAAUCAUAUCACAUGGUUUAACUUGUCGUGUAUUCCUCAUGAAGUGGUUCAAGUGGACGGUUGACCAAUUUGAGCGUCUAAAUAAUCCUGGCAACUGCGAGUAUCGAGUGAUGGAGUUGGGAGACGGUGGAGAAUACAGCUUAGCAAUCCAUCACACCGAUGAAGAAAUGCAAGAAUGGGGACUCUCACCUGAAAUGAUUGCUGAUCAAAAGUGGCGAGUCCAUGCCCAUAGGGGCGAUUGGAACGAGAGCUGUUCCUGGUACUUUGAUUCUUUUUUUGAUCAUCUAAAACUGGAUUCGAACAAAGAAAGUGAUGACAAAGCAGAUGAUUGUUCAAGUGUAUGUGAAUGAAUAGCCUACUUAGAUACUAGAUACAAAAUUCUUAUUUUUUUUAAUCUGUAUGAAUUCCUCUGAUUUCACAAAUCAAACUUUCAUUUCGUUAUCACUUCAUUGACAAAUACAUGGAAGCCACGGAUAGAUUAUGUAGUCAGUAGGAUUGUAAUACUUAUUAAACAUUUGCUUCUGAAUGUAUGAUUGACUGCUCUCUGCAAAAUCCAAGAUCUAAUGAAAACAGUUGUAUUGCUGGAAGUAGUAUGAUUUACAGAA